AACGUCUGCAGUACGUUGUGGUGCACUGUGGGGACAACCUGUCACUCAAAGCUGGAUGGUGCGGUCGACGGGACCAGGUGUGGUGAGGACAAGGUGAGUGUAGUCUCUUCCAAGGACCAGGUGUGGUGAGGACUAGGUGAGUGUAGACUUCCUGGGAUAAAAACAUUGUAUUCUCUUGAUCUUCAUCCUCCUUACUAGGAUGACUUGAGGAGUUAGGUAAAAAAAAGUUUCAGCUGUUUUUGGUAGUGUGUUUGUAGUAGUGCACUGGAGACUGUGUUUUUGUACCCCCAAAUGUAAGAAAAUGAUGAGUUGGUUGAUGAAGACUCCAGUCAAAGGAUCUGAGACCUAGAAGAUUAUAAAUCCCUUGUGUUCACAAUGCUUCACUGAGCAUCCAAAUAAAGUAUUGAAAUGUGUCAUUGUCAGUGGUGCUUUGACGGGGAGUGUGUGGCGGUGGGAUACCAGCCUGAGAGCAUCAAAGGAGGCUGGGCUCCAUGGAGCGAGUGGUCUGCCUGUUCCAGAACCUGUGGGGCCGGAGUUCAGAACGCCCAGAGGGACUGCGUCAACCCAGUGUAAGUCCUAAUGGAUUAGUCUACCCACCUGCACCGGAGAAUUAGAAUUCGUAGAACGCACAUUCCCAUUCAAAGCAAUAUUCCGUGGUGUGUUGACCGGGGGCACAGGAUAGUCGAGGUAAUUGAGGUAAUAUGUACGUAUCAGAUAUGACAGUGGACCAUACAUGCACACCAUGCACCAUCUGCCAAUGGCCCUCUUAGGUAAUGGAACACAUUUAAUCCAUGUAUAACACAUUCAAUGUGAACCAUGUCACUUAUUGAACACAGAGAGUGUCACCAGCAUACUAAAGCCCUACUUGGCUAAUAUGUUAGGAACUGAAUAAUCUUCUCAUUCAUUUGGGCUUGAAUAGAGUAAUCAUUGUGCCAGGCUGGUUGUGUCCAUUUUGAAAUCAUUAUUUACAUUUUUACAUUUUAGUCAUUUAGCAGACGCUCUUAUCCAGAGCGACUUAGUUAGUGAGUGCAUACAUUAUGGUUGUGGAUAUGGAGUGGAGUCUUUUUCAAGUAGAGUCCAAGGUGUGUUCAGUGUCAUCUAUGAAAAACAUAUUUCUGUGGUACCUUAUUUAGUGUCUUGUUGCUGUGUCUGUGUUUCUCUGCUUAGAGGCGUAGGCAUAUUCUGACUGACCUUUUCUCUUGUGCAUGGCAGAUCCAGUGCUUAGACAGUGUCCUUGCAUUUUGAAAUAAACAUUAAAAGUGUAGAGCUCAAUAACAUUUUCUUUUAUAUUUUUCCACUUUUAUAUUUUCUUAUUUGUUGGAAUAUCGUCCUUUUUGAGGACCUUUUAAUCUGUUCCGCUGGCGGUGUGCUCGAUUUUAUACAACAGUCAGCAACGGUUGUGGCUGAAAUAGCCGAAUCCACUAAUUUGAAGGGUUGUCCACAUACUUUUGUGUAUAUACAGUGGGGGAAAAAAGUAUUUAGUCAGCCACCAAUUGUGCAAGUUCUCCCACUUAAAAAGAUGAGAGGCCUGUAAUUUUCAUCAUAGGUACAUGUCAACUAUGACAGACAAAAUGAGAAAACAAAUUUCCAGAAAAUCACAUUGUAGGAUUUUUAAUGAAUUUAUUUGCAAAUUAUGGUGGAAAAUAAGUAUUUGGUCAAUAACAAAAGUUUCUCAAUACUUUGUUAUAUACCCUUUGUUGGCAAUGACACAGGUCAAACGUUUUCUGUAAGUCUUCACAAGGUUUUCACACACUGUUGCUGGUAUUUUGGCCCAUUCCUCCAUGCAGAUCUCCUCUAGAGCAGUGAUGUUUUGGGGCUGUCGCUGGGCAACACAGACUUUCAACUCCCUCCAAAGAUUUUCUAUGGGGUUGAGAUCUGGAGACUGGCUAGGCCACUGGACCUUGAAAUGCUUCUUACGAAGCCACUCCUUCGUUGCCCGGGCGGUGUUUUUGGGAUCAUUGUCAUGCUGAAAGACCCAGCCACGUUUCAUCUUCAAUGCCCUUGCUGAUGGAAGGAGGUUUUCACUCAAAAUCUCACGAUACAUGGCCCCAUUCAUUCUUUCCUUUUACACGGAUCAGUCGUCCUGGUCCCUUUGCAGAAAAACAGCCCCAAAGCAUGAUGUUUCCACCCCCAUGCUUCACAGUAGGUAUGGUGUUCUUUGGAUGCAACUCAGCAUUCUUUGUCCUCCAAACACGACGAGUUGAGUUUUUACCAAAAAGUUAUAUUUUGGUUUCAUCUGACCAUAUGACAUUCUCCCAAUCCUCUUCUGGAUCAUCCAAAUGCACUCUAGCAAACUUCAGACGGACCUGGACAUGUACUGGCUUAAGCAGGGGGACACGUCUGCACUGCAGGAUUUGAGUCCCUGGCGGCGUAGUGUGUUACUGAUGGUAGGCUUUGUUACUUUGGUCCCAGCUCUCUGCAGGUCAUUCACUAGGUCCCCCCGUGUGGUUCUGGGAUUUUUGCUCACCGUUCUUGUGAUCAUUUUGACCCCACGGGGUGAGAUCUUGCGUGGAGCCCCAGAUCGAGGGAGAUUAUCAGUGGUCUUGUAUGUCUUCCAUUUCCUAAUAAUUGCUCUCACAGUUGAUUUCUUCAAACCAAGCUGCUUACCUAUUGCAGAUUCAGUCUUCCCAGCCUGGUGCAGGUCUACAAUUUUGUUUCUGGUGUCCUUUGACAGCUCUUUGGUCUUGGCCAUAGUGGAGUUUGGAGUGUGACUGUUUGAGGUUGUGGACAGGUGUCUUUUAUACUGAUAACAAGUUCAAACAGGUGCCAUUAAUACAGGUAACGAGUGGAGGACAGAGGAGCCUCUUAAAGAAGAAGUUACAGGUCUGUGAGAGCCAGAAAUCUUGCUUGUUUGUAGGUGACCAAAUACUUAUUUUCCACCAUAAUUUGCAAAUAAAUUCAUUAAAAAUCCUACAAUGUGAUUUUCUGGAAAAAAAAUUCUCAAUUUGUCUGUCAUAGUUGAUGUGUACCUAUGAUGAAAAUUACAGGCCUCUCUCAUCUUUUUAAGUGGGAGAACUUGCACAAUUGGUGGCUGACUAAAUACUUUUUUCCCCCCACUGUAUAGUGUAUCUAUGUCAAUGUGAGUCACCAGAGUUGAGCCACCGUCUCCCCCUCGCUAUCACAUGCCUUACAGCCACCUGGAAGUACUGUUAUCAUCCAUUUAAAGACAUGCCUGUUGUGCACUCUAACAGGAUGACACUCCACUCUACUCUCUCCUCUCCCCCAGUCCCCAAGUACAGAGGGAAGUACUGCGUGGGGGAGCGACGGCGCUACAAGACCUGUAACAGCACCCCUUGCCCCCCCAACCAGCCCUCAUUCAGACUCAUCCAGUGCAGUCACUUCAACACCAUGCCUUACAAGGGCAAGUUCUACAAGUGGGUGCAGGUCAACAACAGAGGUGAGUGUGCAUUGUUCUAGCUAGAUACUGUAGUUAGUAGAACAUCAACUGAAAUACUCCCCAAGCCCAUGAUAACACAGAAAACAUUUCCAGAUGUUCAUUUUUUAGCCUGUAUGUUUUUUGUAAACUUUAGAUUGAGUAGUGUGACAGUGCAGACAAGAGGAACUGACAAGAAAAUACACGAUCAAUUCAGAAACGUUUUUCAAAACCGUUCAUUGUUCGACAGCCGAGCAAGGCCUGUGGCAAUUUCAUGCAUGUUUGGAGUGUCAAUAAAGCAGGUGAUGUGAGUUGCGUAUUUGUUGCAUUGUGGUAUAUAUCAUGUUUCCCUCUAUUCACCUGGAACUAUGGAAAGUGUGCAAACAAACUAUUGUUUGCCAUUCCAAACUCCUUACUUUUACAACAGCACUUUGUAAUAUUUAACUGUACAGUGUGGGCUGUGUUUAUCAGGGAUAGCAAGAGAAAAUGGCUUAACAUAUGCAAUGUACUAGGUAAACAUUCCUCAAUUUACUUCCCUGAAUAGACAAGGUUGGAAACCAACGAUUCCUUGUCGAAAUAGAAACCAUUAUAUACAGUAUAGCACAGCAGCUCCUUGCGUGCCCAGCUCCUAAUUUACUGGGUUAUCAGCCUGAAGAAUGUUGAGACACGGGGGGCGCUAACCAGAUUAGCCCUGGCUGAAUUCAUGUGGGUGUGAUGAUAACCUUAAGCCUGAGUUAAGGUUACAUGGGUCUGUGCAGUGUCAAUAAUCUGCAGAGUGGUAUUCCUCUGACAGUGGAUAUAUUAAAAACAGUACGGAGCAUGUAAACCAGGGUAAUACUUGAACCCUACAGGAUAUAGACAUAAUGAAAUGAAUGGAAUAAGAGAUGGAACCGUUGUGGGUACUGUAGAGCCACAUCAUUUAUCAGCAUCGUGUAGUUAUGUCAUGUCUGUGUUAGUACUUCUGAAAUCUAAAUGAAUGGCUGCUUACAAUAAAACCCACAGCAAAGGGUUAUCCAAGUGAGCUUACAUGUUCAUAGGCAGUAUUUGAAAUAAGAUAAACUCACAAGCUAACCAUUACCCAACUGACAAGCUAACCAUUACCCAGCUGACAAGCUAACCAUUACCCAACUGACAAGCUAACCAUUACCCAACUGACAAGCCAACCAUUACCCAACUGACAAGCUAACCAUUACCCAACUGACAAGCCAACCAUUACCCAACUGACAAGCUAACCAUUACCCAACUGACAAGCUAACCAUUACCCAACUGACAAGCGAACCAUUACCCAACUGACAAGCGAACCAUUACCCAACUGACAAGCGAACCAUUACCCAGCUGACAAGCGAACCAUUACCCAGCUGACAAGCUAACCAUUACCCAGCUGACAAGCUAGCCAUUACCCAACUGACAAGCUAACCAUUACCCAACUGACAAGCUAACCAUUACCCAACUGACAAGCCAACCAUUACCCAACUGACAAGCCAACCAUUACCCAACUGACAAGCUAACCAUUACCCAACUGACACGCUAACCAUUACCCAACUGACAAGCUAACCAUUACCCAACUGACAAGCUAACCAUUACCCAACUGACAAGCCAACCAUUACCCAACUGACAAGCUAACCAUUACCCAACUGACAAGCUAACCAUUACCCAACUGACAAGCCAACCAUUACCCAACUGACAAGCCAACCAUUACCCAACUGACAAGCUAACCAUUACCCAACUGACAAGCUAACCAUUACCCAACUGAUUACACACAGUAACAUAUGACAUAAUGCUGCUUUGUCAUGUUAUGGUUCUGAUCAUGCUUAAGACAGCUUUGGUUGUCUUAAUGCCAGAUAGAGCCCUAAAGUAAAGUGAUACAUUGUCCCUAAAGUGACACCUAACCUGUUUGUGUUUGUCAGUGAACCCCUGCGAGCUGCACUGCCGUCCUUUGAACGAGUACUUCUCAGAGAAGAUGCUGGACGCCGUCAUUGACGGGACCCAGUGCUACGAGGGCAGCUUGAGCCGAGACAUGUGUGUUAACGGCAUCUGCAAGGUAGCGGCAACCUUUCCCCAGAAAUCUCUCUUCCUCUCUCUCUCUCGCUCUCGCUCUCUCAAAUCCCCAUCUCAAGCUGAGUAAACGUAACUUUCUAGCCUUGUGUCAAGUUCCCCUUGUUGACGCGCUUGUCUGGUCUCAACAUUGUGCUCAGGGACGUCAUUUGAAAUGCACUUUGUUUAGUCAAGCUGCUGCUUGUUUUCUCUGCAGAAUCAUCUAGAACAUUUGACAUUCUGUAUGAAAAUGAGUGUGCUGUUGGAAAGAAGUCAUUAUCUCCCACAAUACAGUCUCACUGUUGUCCAAUAUCUUCAUCCAAAAUGUCAGACUGUGCUCUAAGGUCUGAUUGGACCUAGAAUAAUAAUUAUACACUUUACCCAAGAUGCAUAAUUUGGUGAAUUGAUGUAGCAGGGACACGUUUUGUUGUGGUAACCCCAGAUGAACCGUUCUGUGUAAAUGCUGGCUUUGUUUAAUUGGUUUUAGCUGAAAGCAGUUAAAUAUUUAGUCUGUUUAUAAGCCAGUCAAAUAUUGAUGUUAGGAUCUAUGAUUUUAGCCGUUUAUCUUGUUUUAUUUACAUUUUCAAACAAGACCAACAUUGUGACCCUGGUCUUUGGUUUCCAUGGUUUGCACUCAUGUCCAAGACAUGGGUUGCGUUCCCCUGCACAGACGUUGCAUGCAUUAACCAAUGAUUGCGUGCCACGUCAUCGACUGUGCCGUUGCGCACCAGAUUGCUUUAACAUGUGAUGUGGUUAACUGAUACGUAAAAUACCUAUCCAGGCAUCGUAUGAUCUGGCAUGCGUCAGCAACGCCUGAGCAGAGUAACGCGCCCGUUAUCUAAAGACUGGAAUUUAGAGUUCACAAUGCAACUGAGGUUAAAGGGAAAGAUCACCUCAAGUUAAAGGGAUAGUUUCAUUUGUGAAUCAUCACUCUACAACAGGGCUGCCCAACACUCUUCCUGGAGAUCUUCCGUCCUGUGGGUUUUCAGUCCAACCCUAAUUUAGCAUAUCUGAUUCUACUUAUUGGCUGCUCAACAAGACCUUAACUAGCUGAAUCAGAUAUGCUAAAUUAGGGUUGGACUGAAAACCUACAGGACAGUAGAUCUCCAGGAAGAGGGUUGGGCAGCCCUGCGCUAGAGGGAUAGUUUACCCUAAAACAAAGUUUGUCAGAUGUUUUCAUACUGCACAAAGUCUAAAGUUUAGCUCAGUCCACACCAUCUGCUGUAUAGAUCUGGCUAGGCUGUAUCAGGAUAAAUCAGCAGGUCUCAAUUUCACCGAAACUACUGUAAAAAUGAGCUAUUGCACAUUCGUCAAACUCAUUCCACGGAGGGCCGAGUGUCUGCGGGUUUUCGCUCCUCCCUUGUACUUGAUUGAUGAAUUAAGGUCACUAAUUAGUAAAGAACUCCCCUCACCUGGUUGUCUAGGUCUUAAUUUAAAGGAAAAACCAAAAACCCGCAGAAUGAGUUUGACACCCCUGAGCUAUUGGAACCUCAAGUUGGCUCAAGUAAAAGUGAAAGUCACCCAGAACAAUACAACUUGAGUAAAAGUCAGAAAGUAUUUGGUUUUAAAUGUACUUAAGUAGCAAAGUAAAUGUAAUUGCUAAAAUAUACUUUAUCAAAAGUAAAAGUAUAAAUAAUUUCAAAUUCCUUAAAUUAAGCAAACCAGAUGGCACAAUUCUUGUUUUUAUAAAUUUACGGAUAGCCAGGGGCACACUCUAACACAAUUGACAAAUGAAGCAUUUGUGUUUAGUGAGUCCACAAGAUCAGAGGCAGUAGGGAUGAGCAGGGAUGUUCUCUUGAUAAGUGUGUGAAUUUGACCAUUUUCCUGGCCUCUUAAGCAUUCAAAAUGUAACGAGUACUUUUGGGUGUCAGGGAAAAUGUAGUACAUUAUUUUCUUUAGGAAUGUAGUGGAGUAAAAGUAGUCAAAAAUAUAAAUAGUAAAGUACAGAUACCCCCCCCCAAAAAAAAAAAAAAAAAAAAAAGUUGUACUUUAAAGUAUUUUUACUUAAGUACUUUACACCACUGAACAUUAGAUCACGUUUGAGCUAUGGAAAUGUUUGUCAAACGUUGUUUUUAAGGUGAACUAUUCCUCUGAUGAUAAAUGCUCAUUCCUGAGUCAUGUCACUCUACAGGAGAUUGGAAAGCCUUGUGCUCAAAAGUUUCCCUCACAUUUUGUUUUUGCAUGUCAGACAGGUGAUGUUCGUUCAUGUAUGCAUGCAUGACUGUAAGUUGCUUUGGAUAAAAGCGUCUGCUAAAUGGCAUAUUAUAUUAUAUUUAUGUUAUUUUUCUGCAUCACCUCAGACAACACAAAUUUUUUUUAUGAUCUCAGUGACUUAAUAUCUGGCAGAACAACUGUGAUUUUGAAUAUUUAAUGUUUUUCUGAUCCAUUUUUUAUUUUGACCACAUUCUUUCCACACAACGUUAUUAUAGUACGUACUAUGCUUCUUUUUGGAAAAGACACGUGAAUAUUUUACUUGCAAGGUGGACGUAUUGAUGGAUACAGUCAUCAUCUCCCACAAUAAGUCUCACUCUUGUCCAAUAUCUUCAUUCAAACUUUCAGACUGUGCUCUAAGAUCUGAUUUGGACGUAGAAAAGAAUUUGGUGACUUCAUGUAGCGGGGACACAUUUUGUUGUGGUAACCCCAGUUGAGUUGUUCUGUUUUUAAAUGUUGGCUUUGCUUCAUUGGUUUUGGCUGAAAGCAGUUAGGGUUAGGAUCCACCUGUUUAUAAGCCAGUCAAAUAUUAACGUUAGGAUCCAACGGUGAAUUUGAAUAUAGAACGUUUCUCUGAUCAGUUUUCAUUUUGUCCAUAUUCUUUCCAAAUAACAUUAGUAUAGUGGAUGGAUAGUUCGGUGGCUUCAUGUAGCAGGGGACACAUUUUGUUGUGGUAAAACCCCAGUUAUCAAAUGCUAAUUCCCGAGUCCUGUCACGCUACAGGAGAUUGUACUGCCUUGUGCUCAUUGCUUAUUAUAGAAGUUAUUUGUUUGUCAGACCAUUUUGAUGUAAAUUUUCUGCAACACUCAUUAUUCAUUAUCUCAGUGACUUUACAGAGUAAAUGGGGAGAUGAUUAUCUAGCAGAACUGUGCAUUUGAAUAUAGAAAGUUCCUCAGAUAUGUUUACAUUUCGUCCACAUUAUUUUCACAUAACAUUAUUAUAGUACACACUGAUUAUUUUAGGAAAAAGACAGAUUGUGAAUAUUUUGCCUGCAAAGUGGACGUAUUGAUGGUUACGUUUGUUUCAGUACGAGUACAUUAUUUUAUCCAAGGUUAUCUUCAUGGGAUUCCGGUGAACCCUAAAGAUUGAACCCAAAGACGUACCCAUGUCCUAAAAUGGACACCAUACACUGUUAUGCGUGGCGUCCAUUUUAAGGUUAUCCGUUAUCCUCUGCGGAAGGCCUGUCAUUCUUCUCUGUUGUCAGUUCAAUCGUUAUACAGUAUGAAUCUGCAGGUUCUUGCUUUGUUUUGAUCUUGAACAUGUUCUGUGUUUUCAGAAUGUGGGGUGUGACUACGAGAUUGACUCCAACGCGGUGGAGGAUCGCUGUGGGGUUUGCCAUGGCAACGGGUCUACUUGUGAGACUGUGAAGAAGACCUUUGAGGAGAGCGAAGGGCUUGGUAUGACACUCCUGCUACUCUCUGCACUUAAAGUGGCGCUCCAGUCUCCAUUUUACACCUGAUUUACUUAACAAAAGGCACAUCCCAAUAGGCCCCCUGUAGCUCAGUUGGUAGAGCAUGGCGUUUGCAACGCCAGGGUUGUGGGUUCGCUUCCCACGGGGGGCCAGUAUGAAAAAUGUAUGCACUCACUAACUGUAAGUCGCUCUGGAUAAGAGCAUCUGCUAAAUGACUAAAAUGUAAAUGUGGUCGAGGUAUGUAAUGACAUAGCACAAAGAGGAGGGGGAGGGGGAGGGGGAGGGGGGAGGUUUCCUCUAUUUGUUUAUCUAUUGCUCCCCUAAGGUUCCUCAAGCAAGGGGGGAGGCCGAUGACGUCACAGAUUCCCAUAAGACCAACUCCUUGAAUGCCCUACUCCUUGAAGUUUGCAGUUGUCUAAAAAACACUAUCUCAAUGUAUUUUAUUUUUUUACCAUUUAGUGUGUGUACUUUACUGUAUUUAUACUUGGGAUGCCACCUUUUCGACGGUAAAAGUUAUAGGAAUCACUGGAGGACAUAUACUGAUAUAGGAUCAGCUCUCCUCAACCCAAUCCAAACCUUAACCAUUAUGAGAUAAACAACCAGACUGACCCUGGAACAGGUUUUAAAGUGAUAGUGUUUUUAAAGCGGUAGACAGUGUAACUGUACACUGGGUAUUGUGAUCAGCGUCCCAUAGCAUGGCUUGAGAUGUCAGUUUGAAUGUGAACUAGGUCAUGUACCGCAUCUCGAGUUUCUGUCUCAUAAUCAACCAAAUGUUUGGUGGUACAGUAUUAUAUUUCCAUAGACUUCAAAGCAUAAGUCUGACAUCCGUAUUAAGAAGGUAUCAAACUGGGUGGAUUACAAGACAAUAAACUAGGUCAACUAGAAAAGUAAAGUUUCAGUAGAAGUGUACUGAGAGUUGGAAGUUGAACAGCCCCUCUUGACUGGACCCUGUCUGUCUCCCAGGCUAUGUGGACAUUGGGCUGAUUCCAGAGGGGGCGCGGGACAUUCGCAUCGAGGAGGUGGCCGAGGCUGGGAAUUUCUUGGCUCUCCGGAGUGACGACCCCGGCAAGUACUUCCUGAACGGCGGCUGGACUAUCCAAUGGAAUGGGGAAUACAAGGCGGCGGGGACGGUGUUCACCUAUGAGAGGACAGGCCAACUGGAGAACCUGACCUCCCCUGGACCAACCUUAGAGCCAGUGUGGAUACAGGUAGGAUCACACACACACACACGUAGGUGUGCACCAGACACACACAAACACACACACACGCCAGACACUCCGAACUGUCGUUUAACAGGCAUUGCAUGGUCUGUUUAUCUAAAAUACCGUCCACUUGGGAGAUGUUACCCAGGUCAACCAACACAUAAACAGACAAAUAUGUGCACUUACACACAUUUUAAUUUGUUUUAUUCAACUUUAAUCAAACUGGGAUAUCUUUUCAAUUAAAUUCUAUUUUGCAUGAUUGGCUCUACGAUGAUAGUUUUAUGGAGAUCUAAGAUGAUGUUCGCUUUUGAUUAUAAGUAGCUAUUCCCCUAACAGGGUUUGGUUGUUCAGGCAGUGUAGGUGUUUACACUGAGCUACAGUAAUUCAAUAAAUGUAUAUUUUUUCAUAGGCUGUGUCAUUUCAAAAACUUUAACCCUGCUGUGCCAACCUGCGCAAAACUAAGGCAACAGUUUCCAAGAAUUGUUUGUUGUUGACCUUGAGAGAAUCCACUUUGAAUCUGUACAAUUCUCAUCCGGCGGGAAUUCCUUUUUGUUAUGGCUACAAAAGAGAAGGGUUCUUUGGUCGAAGCCGUUUCAUUUCGAAAGGUGGUGCAGUAUUCUGUCCUCCCUGUCACUACAAAUUCCCCCCAUGUACAGUAAAUGAAUCCACAGCUACACCCGUACAAAGGCAUCACAACAACAGAGCCACAAUCCCAAUGCCUGUCUUUAGACUUUAAAGUAACCGACUGCCCAGUGAAAAUCUCACUUUUAACUAAUAUCUGUUAAUUCAUAUCCAAAUAAUGUUGUUGACUCGUCCUAUACUCUUAUUUCUGGCAAAAGCAUAAAAAAGACAAACAUCUCAAACAGACGGUUUCAAAAACGCUUGCUAUUUCCUCAUAGAACAUGUCAUCUCCCUAAGGAGGAUGAGCUGGCCAAUCAGUGGUCUAGAGGAGGAUGAGCUGGCCAAUCAGUGGUCUAGAGGAGGAUGAGCUGGCCAAUCAGCGGUCUAGAGGAAGGAUGAGCUGGCCAAUCAGUGGUCUAGAGGAGGAUGAGCUGGCCAAUCAGCAGUCUAGAGGAGGAUGAGCUGGCCAAUCAGUGGUCUAGAGGAGGAUGAGCUGGCCAAUCAGCAGUCUAGAGGAAGGAUGAGCUGGCCAAUCAGCAGUCUACUUGCAUGAAUAUUUUAAUGACCGGUAUACGACCACACCAUUCCAACACAGAAAAGCUGCUUUUUAACUUACUUAAUUAAACAUUUUUGGAAGGAAAACUAUUUAACUCAUAUUGUAAGUAAUUUUAGGUCAUAUCUCAUAGAAAUCUGGAAACACUGGGCAGUUACUUUAAGCAGAAGUUGUUUAAGCAGGCCUUUGAGUUGUUGAAGCAGGCCUUUGAAUUGCUGAAGCAGGCCUUUGAAUUGAACGCGGCUCCAGCAGCAUCUUCUGUUGUCCCCAAAGAAAGUGGCAUCAGGGUUCAUUAGGGAUGUAGGCCAGGUGGUGGAGGCAGUACCAGGGGGCAGAUAA